AUGAAAAUGCUGAAUAAAAUAUUGUAGUAUUUUAAUAAAAUUAAAUAGUGAGAGUUGAAAUAAAAUGAAUACGAAAGCAGGAAGUAACCCGCCCUUGAUAUUAUGACUCCGCCAUGUUGUUGCUUUUCCGUAUGUCUGAGCCGACGACGAUUUGCGGCCGAGUGAGACCGUGACAACAGGAGUGUCGUGUGUGUGAUCGUGAAUACUGAGAUAAAGUUAUUAAGUAUGGCAGACUCAACUGGAGAUCAUGCUGACAAUCAGAGAGAAGAAGAAUUAGAAGUUGAGUCUAAUUACAAACCACCACCGGAGAAAACGAUAGAACAAAUUUUGGAGGCUGAUAAAGAUGACGAGAGUCUACGAAAAUAUAAAGAGACGUUAUUGGGGGAGGCUAAAUCUGGCGGAAUUGUCGUUGAUUCAAAUGAUCCACGUAAAGUUAUCGUUAAAAAAUUGGCGCUUUGUGUGGCUGGAAGACCUGAUAUGGAAUUAGAUUUAACUAAAGAUCUAACUCAGUUGAAAAAACAAACAUUUGUGAUUAAAGAAGGUGUCAGUUAUCGAAUUCGUAUUGAUUUUAUUGUACAGCGGGAAAUUGUUCAUGGGUUAAAAUACAUUCAAAAAACCUACAGGCUUGGAGUACCCGUGGACAAAAUGACACAUAUGGUUGGCUCUUAUCCACCUAAAACUGAAAUACAAUCUUAUACAACACCAGCAGAAGAUGCACCAGCUGGAGUAAUGGCUCGUGGAUCGUAUACCGUCAGUUCUUUAUUUACAGAUGAUGAUAAAUAUGAACAUCUAAAAUGGGAAUGGUCGUUUGAUAUUAAAAAAGAUUGGAAAGAGUAGAUUUUAUUAAUUUUUUUUUUUUGUUUCUUUUUUUUUUUUUUUUUCUCCAAGUAUUGCAUUACGCAAUCACGUCAAGUCACCAUAGCCUUAAACUCUGAUAAAGAAAUUAAAUAAUUGCAUUUAUAAUAUAUAUGUAUACCUAUAUAAAUAUUGACGAAGAGAAUUGCCAAAAUGAUUUUUUCCAAUUGAUAAAUUCAUCGUCUUUUUUUUUUAGAAUUAAUUUUUACAAA